CUCUCUCCAGCUAAAACGACUUUCUUCAAUCCCCUCGAACAUCCGGGUUCGUCAAGCGCACAACUUAUUACCUCGACUUGUUCCAUCGCUGCACACAAUCACAUUCCGUCUCGUUCACAAUUCUCGGCCUCCCGCAGCGACCAGGAUGGUGCAGGACGGUCAUUUUUCUCCGAAUUAAAUGACAUGGAUGCGCAGAAUGCUGCUGAGCCCGCCUUUACGAAGCCUGCUGCUUCUCCCGAGCGGCCUGGCAGCGACACAGAUCAUCCCAGGCCUUCGUCCGCAACCAAGUCAUCGAGCGCCCUGAAACUCGAGCCGGCUUUCAAGGACGGCAGGCUAAGUGUACCGGCUUCGCGCUCGAACGACGACGACGGUACCGCAGACGGAAAUUCCGAUGCCGAGACAAUCGUGCUGCCAGGCAAGGAUGGCCACUCACCCUCCAAAGUUCGCAAGGGCAUCAAACACGAGGACAAGAGCGAUGCAGAAGACACCCCUUCAGUAUCGCUCGGUCGCAAGGCCUCUAAUCUGAAGCAGGACCGCGAAAGCGAGAGACCCGACCGCAGUGAGAGGCCGGACAAGUCAGCGCCGGUCACUGGCACUGUCUCAAACGAUGGAGCAGCUUCUCUUCUCGCCAAGAAGAAGAAGCACUCCGACAAGUCAAAAAUAAAGGACGGCUCCAGUGGUCUCAGCUCCGCCCCGACAUCACCACCGCAGCCCCAGCGCCGUCGCCGGCCCUCAAACGCACGUUCGGAUUCCGAAGCGGCCCAUGUAGACUCCAGCCGAUCCUCAACUAAGGAAAAGGCUAAAUCCGUGGACAAGGUAGUGCCUCAUAAGCGCAAAGCGCCACGGCCAGACUCCGAGGAUGAAGCAGAGAAUCGCAAGGUUCGGCGCCAGCGCACGUCGGGCUCUGGACUGGACGCGUCUCGCAAACAACACCUUCCGGUGAAGUCGCAUCAUGAGCCGUCAUCUCUGGCCCGAGCUGGGUCUACCUCCCCUCACUCCCGGGCCCAUCGGCGGAGCAUCUCGACGCAGCUGCCUGGGCAGUCUUCCAAUGGACUCAGCCAGAAGAAGAAGCGGGUGCCUGCACCGCUCCAGUCGAUGGAUUAUCAGUCUGACGACUCAUCUGCCAGCGGCAGCCCAUACCCGCGCAGUUCCAAGCUGCGUGGACUGGCGACUCCUGCAACCGCCGAAUCCACCAUUUCCCCUGCGAAAAUGGCACCGCACAAGAAGCAUCUGGAUGCACACGGCCAGACGUUCCUUGCAAGGGCCUGCGCCAAGGGAGAGUACGAGACGGCGAAACAGAGACUGCAGGAACGUCCCGAAGACAUCAAUGUAGCCGACUAUGCCGGCAACACCCCUCUCCAGAUCGCUGCUCUUAAUGGGUUUGACGAUAUCGUGAAACUGCUUGUGGACGCUGGCUGCAAUCUCGAUUGUGUCAAUCAUGACAAAGACACCCCUCUGCUCGACGCGGUAGAGAACGGACACCUAGAAGUCGUCAAGAUACUGCUCAACGCUGGUGUGAACCCCCGAAAGGCAAACGCAUAUGGCCAAGAACCCAUUGAUCGGGUGAACGAGGAGCUGGAUCAUGCCGAUGAGAUUAAGCGUGCUCUUCAGGAAGCCAAGCAGAAGAUGGGCGAACGAAGGCGAACCUCCGAGGAGCACCACCUGGAUCACACCGAUGCUCGUUCCUCUCACGGGCCGGAGAGUCCGCGGAGGUCCCCAGGAGCGUCGAGCUCCAUCCACGCCGGCGGCGGACGGAGAGCGGGCACAGUGCGCGCCACUAAAACCAGCAAUCAUCUGCUGUACAUGCCCAUGGACGACAAAACUCUCCGUCAGGCGGCCGCCCGUGGUGACGAGGAAACUGUUACGCGCAUUCUCCAAGUCAGAGAGACUUUUGACGAUCCGGAAUCCAUGGUAGCGGCCGCCCGAGGAGGCCACGAUAUCGUCAUGCAGCUCUUGCUCGCCCUAGGCAGAGCGAAUCCCGAUCCCUCCCCAAUCUCGGAUGGAGAGUAUUCCACUCCAAUGUUAGCUGCUAUCGGGCAAGAGAACAUCAAGGUAAUCAGACUUCUUCUCGAUCAAAACGACUUCGAUCCUACCCGGCGUUUCAAAGGGGAAACUUACUACGAGAUUGCGAGAAGACGGCGCGGUCCGAAUUGGAUGGACGAAGAGCACAUGCUCAAGGAUGCAUAUAACGAGUAUAAAAAGACGCAUAAAGAGAGCUUUAAAGUCCGAUCCCCCGGCAGACGAGACCAAGAUCGCGAUUCCAGGCGGCGAGUUGAUGCAAAGGAUGAGCCCUCAACGACCCAAAAGCGUCGGUCAAGCUCACUUGCGGCGCGCCCGGAUGACCAGACUUCUCCAAAACGAGGUCCCGGCAGGCCCAAGAAAGAGGACCGUAUUCCAGCCAUCGCCAUUUCUGACCGCGAGGCAUCACCUGCUGCAAAGCCCAUUGCAAAAGCACAGCGCGCAGAGUCCGAUCUCGCUGUGGCGUCUUCCGAGGGGGAGGCGGUCAAACCAAGGCGGAAGCUCGUUUCUGGCCGGGAGUUAAAGGGAGAGCGGGAGAGGCAACGGCGUCCUAGUCUGACUUCUAAUGCCUCUACAUUGAAGGAACCAUCCAGCCCUCGGGAGGAAUCCGAGAAGACGCACAAGGCAGAGAAAUAUCACGACAGGACGAAGGCUCUCAAGAGAGACGAAUCUCGUGACAGGCUAUCUGUUUCCGGUGAGAGUACAGGCAAGCGGAUCAGAUCCAGCGAAACUCCUCCUCACCUUGCAUCUAUGGACAAAGACGGCAACGAAAUCUCAGUCAAGAGAAGACGCGUGGAUGCCGACGGUAAGGAAAGACGGCCAAAGUCUAGCCAAUCCGACGACAGACUUCUUAAAGCACCCACACCUCGGGACCCGAGGCCUCCCUCGGCCUCAACGGGGAGUAGGCUCCCUUCCAAGACCAGAGAGGACGAAGAGCGAAGACCUAUGCCAAAAUUGAAGAAGGCAGAAUCGCUACAACAUGGUCGCCGCGAAUCAGGCAAAUCCGUCUCUUCGGAGAGCAGCAUACAUGUCAAGUCCGAAGAUCCGGAUGUCGAGAUGCCCGAUGCCGCUCCCCUUGCAAAGGAUGCCUCAGACUCUCGGUCCUCUGCACAAAAGGAGAAAGAGGAAGAGGAGAAAAGAAGGCGGGCUGAACUCGAGGCCGAGGCGAAGGAGGCGAAGAGAAAAGAAGAAGAAAGGCUGCGUCGAGAAAAAGAGCAGAAAGAAAAAGAGCGUCUUCGGCUUGAAGAAGCUAAGCGACUUGCAGAGGCGGAGGCUCGGCGGGAAGAAGAGGAGGCUCAACAGCGGAGAGAGGAAGAAGAGCGGAAACGACGCGAUGAGGAAGAAGAGCGGAGGCGACGAGAGGAAGAGGAACGGCGUCGUUUGCAGGAGGAGGAGAGGAAGAAGAGGGUGGAAGAGGAGGAGAGGAGGAGAGAGGAAGAGGAGCGAAAGCGAAAAGAGGAGGAGGAGCGAAAGCGAAAGGAGGAGGAGGAGCGGAAGAGGCGAGAAGAGGAAGAACGAAAGAAGCGAGAGGAGGAAGAACGACUUGAGCGGGAACGCCUUGAGCGUGAAGCCGCUGAAGAAGCACGGCGGAAACGCGAGGAGGAGGAGCGGAGGGAGCAGGAACGUAAAGAGCGCGCACUUAGGGAGGAGAUGGAGCGCCGUCGAGCGGCCAGAGAGGCUGAACGUGCGGCCAGAGAGGCCGAUAUGCGGCGGACUCGUCUGGAGCAGGAACGGGCUCGCCUGGCCAAACUCCCUCCCCUCUUGCGUUGGCUUGAUGGCUCUCUCAACCCAAAGACCCCAGAGGUGGCGGAAAAGUUCAGCAUGAUGCAGGGAGUUCGAUAUGACUGCAUCUGCCCAGAGGCGACCGGCACCCCGGCCGGCAGAGAGCAGUGGUUGCUCAACACGCAAGUUGCCCUCCUCCUGGGAGAGAAGGAUUUGAGCCUAUCGCGAUACACGACUUUCUGGCCACGCAAACCCGCAUCAGCUGUUGCAAAGCGAGUCAUCUGGCGGCUAGAGUCAGACCGAUAUGCGCUGACAACCCCGAGUCUCUACGAGCUCGGUGAGCAGCUCCCAGAAUACUACGGAGGGAACGAGCCGCGGCAGAUGAGCUAUCGAAUGCUCGAGCGACUCCGGGCAGAGGCGUGGGAGAAGUUUGCUGCGAUGGACAUGUUCUUUGUCAGGGCUUCCGAUUUUAUGGACCUUGUCCCAACCACGCAUCACCUCCGCCACGUGAAACUCACCAUGGCAUACUGCGAGCUUCCGGAAGACGGAGUGCAGCCCAUAAGCUGGACACCGCACCAGAAGUGGAAGAGCGACCCAGAAGUCAACGACCUCCACGGGUUUGCACCAAGCAAUAAGCACUUCAUUAACGGCGAACUGGUAUCAGAAGACAAGCCCAGUCUCAGGCAAGCCAGUUCAUCACCUUUCCGCCGACAACGAGUCCCGCGUCGUGGGUUCGUCGCGAUCCCGCGGGACAAUCCGGCAUACGGCAGGCUCUGCAAGGAGCAGGGGCUCAACGGCCGAGUGACCGAUGCUGAGUCGCAAGUCGUGCCAAACGGCGUGCGGUCGUCUCCCACGAGUGUCUCCUCCCAUAUGGCAGUGGCAGCGGCCGACGGUCCGGACUCACCAAGGCUAAAUACGACAGCAAUGACCAACGGAACCAGCAACCAGCCGAUUUCACCCUCUUCCGAGUCAGGCCCGGCACAGGCCCGACCAUUGGUCAAUGGGAUCCACGGCACGCUCAAUAGCAGCAGUGACUAGCUAGGCCCUGCAACAACGGGUCUGACUGCGGUCAAAGACAAUAUGGUUGCCAUUCCCAAAAUCAAGAAAAUCUAUCUCUCAUUUGUUUCGAAGAGCAAGGCCGGAAACAUGGAUAGAUCGGGGUGCCUU